GGGGGGGAGGGAGAGGGAACGGUAAAGUGGUCUGAGCUGAGGGUAUAUAUAGCUAGCUCGCAUCUUCCACCGAGUAUCUUCAGUUGAAGCAUCUUCCUGCCAACAUGAAAUUCGCCGUGCUCGUCUGCCUCGCCGCCGUGGCCGCGGCCUCCCCGCAGUUCAGGAAUCAGCCCCGCCAGACCUUCCAGGACGAGCGUCAGGUGGCCAUCUUGAGGGACGACCGCCAGGAUUCCGGCGACGGCAACUUCAACUACAACUUCGAGACCGAAAACGGAAUCAGCGUCUCUGCCUCAGGAACCCCAGGCUCCGAGGGUCAGAGCAACAUGCAAGGCAGCUACAGAUUCACCCUCCCCGACGGAACCAUCGCCGAAGUGAGAUACGUCGCCGACGAGUUCGGAUUCCGCGCUGAGUCCCCCCUCAUCCCUACCCCCCACCCCCUCCCCGCCCACGCCAUCGAGCAGAUCCGAUUUGCCGAGGAACAGCGCGCCCGCGGUAUCACCUUCUAAAGUACAUGACCCUUAGAGGACCUUACUCUUAAAAUAUCAAGAAUUAGAACUUAACAUACCC